GCCCAGUCUCUGUCCCCUCCCAUAUCACUGUGUACUAGACCGCUCAGGCAGCACCUCCCCUCCUCUCCCACAGCAAACUUCCUUCCCAAGGACAUAUAUGAAGUGCUGAAGGACCAAUGGGAUUACCUGAAAGAGGCGGGAGUCAGUGACAUGAAGCUGGGGCAUCAAGGACCCCCGGAAGAGGCUGAGGACCGCUUCAGCAUUCCCCUCAUCAUCACCAUAGUCUGCAUGGCGUCCUUCCUGCUCCUCAUUGCCGCCCUCUACGGCUGCUGCCACCAGCGCCUCUCCCAGAGGAAGGACCAGCAACGACUAACAGAGGAGCUGCAGACAGUGGAGAACGGUUACCAUGACAACCCGACUCUGGAAGUGAUGGAGACCUCUUCUGAGAUGCAGGAGAAGAAGGUGGUCAACCUUAAUGGGGAGCUGGGGGACAGCUGGAUCGUCCCUCUGGACAACCUGAUGAAGGACGAUCUCGAGGAGGAGGAAGACACACACCUCUAAUCGGGCCUGCUGGUGGCCGCCCGCAGCCUCACAGAGCUCCACGCGGACCACCCGAAGUGCCAUUUGGACAGGGGAGGAAAUCUCCUUCCCAUUUGAGGAGGGAAGACGGGAGGGACAGUGGACUCUAAGUGUUACCUCCUCCCAAUACCCCCCAUGCCUUAAUUUUCCCCUUUUCAAGCAGGACAAAUCACAUUCUGUCUAGUUUCCUCUUGUAAAAUAACCCACUAGUG